GCCACAUCGCACUUCAGCCGGCACCUGCUGCAUCCUUUAAUCCAUUUAUAUAUCUACACCUACACGUCUUCCCUAUUUCGAACCAACGACGACACUCACGAGCGCAAGCCGCACGCAUCGGCGUCGACACGACGUGCGUAGUCACCCGAGGCUUUGGCGGUCUAGCGAGCAUGCAGCCCAUGGACACGGGCACGAUGGACAUAGACCUCGCCGCCGUGCGGGCGCUGCGGGUGCUGGGCCGCGGCGCCAUGGGCACGGUGUUCCUCGUCGCCGGGACGUCCACGGAGCACUACGCGCUCAAGGUCUUCGACAAGCGCCGCUCCCCCGCUGCACGCGGCCAGGAGGACGCCGCACGGCGCGCGCGGUGGGAGGUGUCCGUGCUCUCCCGCCUCGCGCACCCGCACCUCCCGACGCUGCUCGGCCGCGCCGAGACGCCCGAGCUCCUGGCCUGGGCCAUGCCCUACUGCGCCGGCGGCGACCUCAACGACCUCCGCCGCGCGCAGCCCGACCGCGUCUUCUCCCCCGCUGCUGUCCGGUUCUACGCCGCCGAGCUCGUCUCCGCGCUCGCUGAGCUUCACGCCGCCGGGAUCGCGUACCGCGACCUCAAGCCCGAGAACGUCCUCGUCCGCGCCGAUGGUCACGUCACCCUCACCGACUUCGACCUCUCCCGCCUCCUCCCACCCAAGUCCCCUUCGGCCUCCACAUCCACGUCCGCCUCGUCGUCGUGCUCCUCGGCAACGCCGUCGCCGACGACGCCGAAGCCCCCCACACAAGGCCGGGGUCGACAGUACCGCCACCUGCGCCGAAUCUUCGCCAGAAGCGAGUCCGCGGUGGCUGCGUCGUCGUCCGGACAGGAGCCCCGCAACCUGGCAUGGUACCUCAACAGAAGCGACGGCGGCGUCGGCGACCAUCUCAAGAAGGCAAAGUCCGCGAGAGCGUCGACGCCAGCGAGCCGCAGCAAGGAAUACACCAGCUUCUCUUCAGCCACGAACGCCGGCGGGGCCGUCCCGUGCGAGAGGUCGUUCUCGUUCGUGGGCACGGAGGAGUACGUGGCGCCUGAGGUGGUACGCGGCGACGGGCACGAGUUCUCCGUCGACUGGUGGGCGCUCGGGGUGCUGGCUUACGAGAUGGCGUUCGGCAGGACGCCGUUCCGCGGCCGGAAUCGGAGGGAGACGUUCCGGAACGUGCUGCUCCGGGAGCCCGAGUUCUCCGCGGACGUCCAGCGGCGGUGGCCGGACUUCACCGACCUCAUCCUGCGCCUACUGGAUAAGGAUCCCGCGAGGAGGCUGGGGUUUUCAGGCGGCGCCGACGAGGUCAGGGCGCACCCGUUCUUCGCCGGGGUGGCGUGGGAAAUGCUCGGGGAGGUGUCGCGGCCGCCGCAUAUCCCGCCACCAGCUGAUGAAACUAUAGCCUGUCAGGGUUUCGGCGUGAUAGAGUACUUCCAGAAGCUUCACCAUCCUCAACCGCAGGCGAAUGAAUCGCCGGAGUUCUUGCCAGAGUUCUGACUUGUGACUCCCACCGUUAUUUUCACCAGCUCUGUCCCCGCCUCCUUAACUCUCGAUAAAUAUAUAUGUCCCCGCCUUCUUUCGUUUUGAA